GUGCAGUUACAACAGCUCUGGAGCUGCUUCGCAAGCCAAGUGUAUGUUUUGGCUGUUAACGGCUCUUAAAUACGAUUUAUUUCCCGAGAGAAUUUGGAAUAUUCUUUUCGUCAUUCGAAAGUGGUGUUUGAACUCAUAUGGCAAAUAUCUGGGAAUCUGGAACGGUCCGCUCAAAAUAAUACUACGCUUGAAACAGCUCACACAAUAAUCUCACUGAUAUCACCGUCGAAAUCGUCAUCUAGCUCUAGUACGAGCAACAGUGAUCAAACUCGUUUUGCGAGUGGAAUGGAAUGAGACUGUCCGGACGCGUCGCGAUCCAUUCGACACCAAGAAAUUUUCGAACCUCAGCCCGGAAAUUUUGGUUGAAUGGAUUGCGCCCACAGUGUUCAUGCAAAGAUAUAACUUAAGAGGCCUCUACUUGUAGCGAAAUGACUCGAUUUAGCGCUCUUGUUCCACUUGAUCCUCUUGUUCCACCCAUGCAAAUGGUCGCCCUAUUCUAACAUAGUCCGCAUACUCCACCCAGUGAGUUCACGUGGCGUCAUCAAAUUCUCAAAUUUAUCAAAAACUAAAGAGCCCCUAAAGGUUUUAUCCUCAUCAGUCAUAAGAGGUACUAAAUUUAUAUAUGUUUACAACUUUCCAGCUCAACAGCGUCCUUCGUUUGGAGAAUUUUAUAAGCACCCCAUCCAACAUGAUACAAGAAAGUUUACUUACAAUUCACGCAAAUCACUUCAAGCUCUCGGUCGGAAGAAACCCACGCACAAGAGUCUCCAAAGAUGUUAUUACAAGCACUGCACUGAAACACAACAGGCAAAUUUUCCUCUGUUUUCAACUUAUCCACCGCGGUGACAUCAGACUCCUCGAGCGAAUUUACCGCCAUUUUCUUUCGACAGACGAGAUCAGCGGUCGGUACGUCAUGUAAAACAAUAAUAAAGCUGAUCGUAGCUACUUUCUACUGGUUCUUACAUGACAAUAAUCUCAAAAUGAGACUUCGCCAAAGUCUGAAAAAACAUGUGGAAAGUAUAGUAAUUUUCACUAGUCAUUCGCUCAAAGAAAAACAGAAAAAAAAAGAAAGUAAACGGCAUGAAUGAAACUUGGAGAGAUGCAGUGUUACUAGCUUUGAGUCAUGCGUGCAGCCAAGAUCCUUCGCUCAUAAAGGAAGCCGAGGGAAAGCUCAAGGCGUGGGAGACCGAACCAGGUUUCUACAGCCUUCUCAUGGUAAUUUUUAAAAAUGAGGCAGUUGAUGUGAACAUUCGCUGGAUGGCAAUUUUGUAUAUCAAGAAUGGAGUGGAACGCUACUGGAGAAAAUCAGCCCCUAAUGCUAUUUCAGAGGAGGAAAAAACUUUUAUGAAACAGAAUCUUAUCACAUCAUUUCAUGAACCAGUUAGUCAGGUUGCAACUCAGGUUGCUGUUUUAAUUUCUAAAGUAGCCCGAGUCGGAAUAAGAGAUUGGCCUGAGCUGUUUCCAGCUGUACUACAGGCGGUCCAAAGCAAAGAAACCCUACAUCAACAGCGAAGUUUACUGGUGUUAAAUCAUGUUAUUAAGAUGUUGGCAUCCAAGAGGUUAAUCCCUGAUAGACAAUUAUUUAGACAGGUACUGGCAGUACACAGCAUGGCUUUGAGNACACUUCCUGUCAAACAUGUUUUGCUUAUUUUAAUCACUUUUAAUAAUAACGCUUAUUACUCUUUUGCAGAAGAUAUAUUUGAGAAAUUUGCAUUACAGUGCUGUAAACUGAUGAAAAUCAUUGUCAAGUGUAAUAUGUACCAACCCCCAAGAGAAAUUAAAGAUACAACUCCUCAGGCAAUCCUCAAGGCACACCAGGUUAAGAUGGCCUUUUUUACACCAACAGUACUAUCACAAAUAAUUCGACAACUCAUUUUACGAUAUUUCCCUUUAACUUCUGAGGAUUUAGAGAACUGGGACAGUGAUCCUGAAAGUUUUGUAAAUGAAGAAGCUGGUGAAUCAUGGCGAUACAAUCUGAGGGCAUGUACAGAAGUGUUAUACUUGAGUCUUCUUGGCGAGUUCCGCAGCACUGUCACACCUGUUGUCAUUGAAAUGAUUAAAUUAGUACAAGGAUCCCCACCAUCAGAUGAUAUGAGCGUCUUGCUACAAAAGGAUGCAGUUUAUAAUGCCUGUGGACUGGCAUCAUAUGACCUUUUUGAUGAGAUUGAUUUUGAUCUCUGGUUUACCAACCAACUUCUUCAUGAAUUAAACAACUCUUCCUCAAGGUAUGUGUCCAUCACCUCUACAAGUUCUAAACAUUUACUGGAGUUUAGUAAUGUACAGGUUCAACCGUUUGCUGCGUCACUGUCGCUCUACCUUCCUGAACUGUGGCAGACAUCAGGUGACCACAACAUGCUUCGAUGUGCAAUAGUGUCCACCAUGACCCACCUUGUAGAGGGCCUGGGUGCGUUAAGCAGAAGCAUGUACUCUUUUCUAGUACCCUUGAUUCAGCUCAGCACGGAUGUUUCGCAGCCACCGCACGUGUACCUAAUGGAGGAUGGAUUGGACCUCUGGCACAAUGUCUUGGUUAAUGCAUCUUGUAUGACCCCUGAGUUGUUGCAGUUGUUUGUCAAUAUGCCAUCGUUACUAGACUUAGGUUCUGAGAACCUCAGAACAUGCUUUGCCAUCAUCGAAUCUUAUGUUCUGUUGGAUCAGAGGGAAUUUCUUCAGAAUUUUAGUGCGCCUGUAGUGGAUGCUUGCUUAAGAAUGCUUGGAAACAUAAAAGAAGAGGGAGGCAUUAUACUCUCCAGGGUUGUUGAGACUAUAGUCAAAGUCUCCCCUCUCACUGGUACUGAGCUCUUCUUGCCAGUCUUGCUGAAAAUAUUUCACAUGAUUCUUGAAGGAGAGGAACACACACCUCUGCUGGUCAUCUACCUGUGCAUAAUCGGAGAGAUCAUUUUACACAAUUAUCCUGCCUUUGGCCACAUUGUUGAGAAUGUAGCACAGCAGCUUAGCAAACAGGUCACUGAGGUUUUGAGUAAGCUACUCGACAUUUGGUUAGAAAAAAUGGAUUGCAUGACGCGACUUGAACGAAGGAAACUCACUGUGCUGUCACUGGUCACGUUGUUACCAUUAAAUGUGAACACCAAGUGUGUCGUUGACAAGUUUGCAAUCAUUGUGGACGCUGCUGUUGAUGUCCUACACGAGAUCCACAGAGUUGAGGAUGGCGACACACAUACCGAUUGCUUAGUGCUGUUUGGCGGCGAUAACGAUGAUGAGGAGGAACACACUGAGGGACACAAAAGAAAACGAAAGUUAUGUUUGUCAGACCCAGUUCAUUGUUACCCUCUGUGGAUGUUCGUGCGGGACAAACUUCACGAGUGUCACUCUGUUUACGGACAGGAAACUUUCCAGUACCUCAUGGGGUGUCUGGACUCAGCGGUAGCUACCCAACUUGGCAACUUUAUAAAUCACUAACAUGUCACCUAAUGGUCCACUCAUUAACACACUGAAAGAGAAACUGAGGCGGUAGUACGAAAAUGGACAAACUCGCCGUAAUCAACUGUGAGUGCGAGUAUUCGGAGCUUGUUGCUAAGCGACAUGGAACGCGAUGAUGGCAAAAACCUCACGUAACAAGGCUCGGAGUCCUGGGAUUGGUCUCUGGAGACUUCCUUGUCCGUCGCCUAUUGAAUAAAUUGUUAAGACAAAUGAAAACCGUUCAAUGAGGGAAAAAAUAUAUUUGACUCAUCAGCAUAUGCACUUCAGUACCGCAUGGAGCUACAUGAGUGACAACUCUGAAUAUGCAGAAAACUGAGAGGGCAUGGCACGAUUGGCUGUUGGAAGAAAUUGUAAAGCCGAUGAAUUUAACACUUCGUGGGCUUAAAAACUCAAAAUUUUACAGGGAAUGUAUGGGCUCACCCAGAAAUUUUACAGUUUUUGAAAGCCAGUAUCUCUUGUACUAUAACACCUUAAGAACUAAAAACAUUUCUUCAAUUAGCGAUUCUUAACUGUUUGGAGUCGUCUUAUCUAACAUGGCGCUUUCUCUACGCAAAGUGGUAUGGUAAUGAGGCAAAAUAUGUACUGUGACGUCAGCAAAGAACCUGUAAAAGUACGUUUUUAGCUGUUGAUAUUCCCUAAUAACAGACAAAGUCAGAUAAUGUUCUGAGACAGUCAAA